AGCGGCCAGGCCAGUGAUUGUGUCCGAGCUGCAGGAGGUGAAACUCGGCGUCAGCUCCUCCUCCGCAUGGCGUCCUGGACAUAUUUCUAUUUCUAUUUCUAUUUCUAUUUGUAUUCCAUGUCCAUGUUUGUGAGCGAGCAAUGAUGGAUACUCUGUGGAUAUUAUGGAGCCUGCCGGCCGUCAUUGCCGUCGAAGAGACGCUGAUGGACUCCACCACAGCCACCGCAGAGCUGGGAUGGACCGUCUAUCCCGUGUCAGGAUCCAGCGACAACAGCUGGGAGGAGGUGAGCGGUUACGACGAGAACAUGAACACCAUCAGGACGUACCAGGUGUGCAACGUGUUCGACAACAACCAGAACAACUGGGUGAGGAGCAAGUACAUCCGGCGUCGAGGCGCACAGAGGAUCCACGUGGAGAUGAAGUUCUCGGUGAGGGACUGCAGCAGCAUCCCCAACGUUCCCGGCUCCUGCAAGGAGACCUUCAACCUCUACUACUACGAGUCCGACUCGGACACGGCCACCCGCACCUCGCCGGCCUGGAUGGAGAACCCCUGGACCAAGGUGGACACCAUCGCGGCGGAUGAGAGCUUCUCCCAGGUGGACCUCGGGGGCAGGGUGAUGAAGAUCAACACGGAGGUGCGCAGCUUCGGCCCCGUGUCGCGGAACGGCUUCUACCUGGCCUUCCAGGACUACGGCGGCUGCAUGUCCCUCAUAGCCGUCCGCGUCUUCUACCGAAAGUGCGCCCGCAUCAUCACCAACGGGGCCCUGUUCCAGGAGACCCUGUCGGGGGCGGAGAGCACCUCGCUGGUGGCGGCGCGGGGUGUUUGUAUCCCCAACGCCGAGGAGGUGGACGUGCCCAUCAAACUCUACUGCAAUGGCGACGGCGAGUGGAUGGUGCCCAUCGGACGCUGCAUGUGCAAGGCCGGCAACGAGGCGGUGGAAAACGCCACCGUGUGUCGAGCGUGCACCUCGGGCUUCUUCAAGCCGACCCAGGGAGACCAGUCCUGCGCGCAGUGUCCCAUCAACAGCCGCACGACCAGCGAGGGCGCCAUCAACUGCGUCUGCCGCAACGGCUACUACCGCACCGACUCGGACCCCUUCCAGAUGCCCUGCACCACGGUGCCCUCAGCUCCGCAGACGGUGAUCUCCAGCGUCAACGAGACCUCGGUCAUGCUGGACUGGGUGUCUCCCCGGGACUCGGGCGGCCGCGAGGACGUGGUCUUCAACAUCAUCUGCAAGAGCUGCGGCGGCGGGCGUGGAGGCUGCACGCGCUGCGGGGACAACGUUCAGUUCUUGCCCCGCCAGCUGGGCCUGACCGAGCCCCGGGUCUACAUCAGCGACCUGCUGGCCCACACCCAGUACACCUUUGAGGUGCAGGCUGUCAACGGGGUGUCGGACCAGAGCCCGUACUCCCCCCAGUACGCCUCCGUCAACAUCACCACCAACCAGGCUGCACCGUCCAGCGUGUCCAUCAUGCACCAAGUGAGCCGCACCAUAGACAGCAUCACCUUGUCCUGGUCUCAGCCAGACCAGCCCAAUGGAGUCAUCCUGGACUAUGAGCUGCAAUACUACGAGAAGGAUCAGUCGGAGUACAACGCCACCACCAUCAGAAGCCAGACCAACACCGUGGUCAUCCGGGGCCUCAAGUCGGGGAACAUCUACGUCUUCCAGGUGCGAGCUCGCACCGUCGCCGGCUUCGGACGCUACAGCGGCAAACUGUACUUCCAGACCAUGACUGAAGCCGAAUACAACAUGAGCAUCCGGGAGAAGCUGCCCCUCAUCAUCGGAUCUGCGGCUGCCGGCCUGGUCUUCCUCAUCGCGGUGGUGGUCAUCAUCAUCGUGUGCAAUCGGAGGCGUGGCCUGGACAGGGCGGACUCGGAGUACACGGACAAGCUGCAGCAUUACACCAGCGGCCACAUGACUCCAGGAAUGAAGAUCUAUAUUGAUCCGUUCACGUAUGAGGACCCCAACGAGGCGGUGCGGGAGUUCGCCAAGGAGAUCGACACAUCCUGCGUGAAGAUAGAGCAGGUGAUCGGUGCAGGGGAGUUUGGCGAGGUGUGCAGCGGCAACCUGAGGCUCCCCGGCAAGAGGGAGAUGUUCGUGGCCAUCAAGACCCUCAAGACGGGCUACACGGAGAAGCAGAGGCGGGACUUCCUCAGCGAGGCCAGCAUCAUGGGCCAGUUUGACCAUCCCAACGUCAUCCGCCUGGAGGGUGUGGUCACCAAGAGCAGCCCCGUCAUGAUCGUCACCGAGUUCAUGGAGAACGGAUCUCUGGACUCCUUCCUCAGGCAAAACGACGGUCAGUUCACGGUCAUCCAGCUGGUGGGGAUGCUGCGUGGCAUCGCCUCGGGCAUGAAGUACCUGGCUGACAUGAACUAUGUGCACCGUGACCUCGCCGCCCGCAACAUCCUGGUCAACAGCAACCUGGUGUGUAAAGUGUCUGACUUUGGCCUCUCACGCUUCCUGGAGGACGACACCUCAGACCCCACCUACACCAGCGCCCUGGGUGGCAAGAUCCCCAUCCGCUGGACCGCACCCGAGGCCAUCCAGUACAGGAAGUUCACCUCGGCCAGCGACGUGUGGAGCUACGGCAUCGUCAUGUGGGAAGUCAUGUCGUACGGGGAGAGGCCCUACUGGGACAUGACCAACCAAGACGUCAUCAACGCCAUCGAGCAGGACUACAGGCUGCCUCCCCCCAUGGACUGUCCCAGUGCUCUGCACCAGCUCAUGUUGGACUGCUGGCAGAAGGACCGCAACAACCGGCCCAAGUUCAGCCAGAUCGUCAACAACCUGGACAAGAUGAUACGCAAUCCCAACACCUUGAAGGCCAUGACCCCGCUAUCGUCAGGCGUACACCUGCCUCUGCUGGACCGCAGCAUCCCGGACUUUUCCAGCUUCAGCACGGUGGACGAGUGGCUGGACGCCAUCAAAAUGGGCCAGUACAAGGACAACUUUGCCAACUCCGACUUCAACACUUUUGACGUGGUGUCACAGAUGACCAUGGAAGACAUCCUGAGGGUGGGCGUGACGUUAGCGGGCCACCAAAAGAAGAUCCUCAACAGCGUCCAGAUGAUGCGGGCCCAGAUGAACCAGAUCCAGUCCGUGGAGGUCUGACCUUUCCCCGAGCGGAGUCGCGGUCCCGGAGGCGGUCGGGACGCGGGCCUGGCGGGCACUGAGGACGGAGCGGACGCUUUGCCAGUGUGGCGUUCUCCUCCACCCUUUACCCCCCCACCCUCCCCCCACCUCACCCCCCAUCCUCAGGGGUUGGCCAUGGAGACUUCUGAUGGCAAAAAAAAAACAAAAAGAAAAAAAAACGAGUGACCAGCAACACUUUUCUCUUCCAUCUUUCACCACUUUUCAUUGGUACUUUGGUUUGUUCUCAUCAUUUUGUAAAGAAUUUUGUAAGGAAAAGGAGACAAACGGAGCUUGUGGACAUUGAAAGACAAGAAGAGCUUGUGAAUUGCGUGGGAAAGCUACCCUUUAAAAGGGCACCAUGGAAGGCAAGAAGGGUGUGGACAUACCCACCAUCAAAUGGACCCUUUUGGCACGGACUGCUGUCAGGGAAAUGUUCAUCAAGACAGAAAAAAAAAUCUCCUUCAUUUUUAAUAUUGUGUGAAAUGUUGUGCUGAAGACCCCCAGGAUAUUUGUACCUCGCCCCCUAGUGGACAUAUCAAGACUUUUGCAAAGCAUGCUGGGUAACACAGCCAACAUUCUUCCAAAUAGACUGUACAACCACUGCAGUUUCUCUAGCAUAAUAUUCAAUAUUCACUUCUUACCAUUUCUUUUGGGGUUUUUUUGCGCAACACGUCAACUCUUCCAUUGCAAUCAUGUACAUAAACACAGCUCUGAUGGCGGGAAACAUGGGAGGGGCGUGUCACUACACCAUCGCUCCACGCUUGCGCGAAGGCCACGUCACUUCCGUUUGACAGCCGCUGUUUUUGUGCACGCAGUCACUGUUACCAUGGUUUUGUUAUUCCUGUCAUCUUCGUUCGGCUAACAUAACAAUUAAUAAUACAAUAUUUAUUUCGAAACCUAAAACGAUGUGCUCAGCAGCCUUAAAUGGCAAACAAAUCAAUAUUUGUGUUGCUACUUUAUUUACAUCAAUUCACAAUGCUGAUCAUUCAAAAGUCUACAUUUUGAUAGGACGCAUAUGUAACCUAUUUUUAUGGACUUGCCUCUUUGCGAUGUUAAGUUCCUGUUAUAAGCUGUUAUACAGUGUAUGCCUUGAGCUCUUAUUUUGAAGGCGCUAAGAGCGGAAGUGGUGACACGUUGUGGUGGAGCGGAGUUUGAAAACAAAGGAAAUAAAGUGGUCCAACGUGUCACACAACGUGUCACCACUUCCGCUCUUAGCGCCUUCAAAAUAAGAGCUCAAGGCAUAUAUGUAUAAUCAGAAUCAGAAUACCUUUAUUGUCAUUGUAUGGAAACAACGAAAUUGGACAGCAAUCCAGCUCAGUGCUUUUAAAACAAACCUACAUAAAAUUGUCUUAAGACAACAACAAUAAUUAAAGCUGCAAGCAGCGAUGGACGGGACCGACUUUGACGGCACAUAAAAUCCAAACCGGAGCAGUAAUUAAAACUCUUUCGUCAAAUUUUAAUCAGAAGGGUUCAAUCUCUCUCCUGUGCUAGUUUGAAGCCGACACGACAAACGCGCUCAGAGGAGAUAAUGUUUGAAAAAAGGUGACCGGUUUAUACAAAACUUUUGUUUUGAAGGUGGAAUUGCAAACUUCCUGUUGAUUUUUGCUGGGGGUUGUCAAUAUAUGAAAUGUAGGUCUAAGUGAGACCUACAUAGGGGUUUUUGUUUCAUGUCUCUACGACAUUCCUACUGGACGUUACAAGCAGUUUUGUCUGUGUUUUCUUCCUAGCGGGCGCUAGAGCGCAAUUUUUAGUUUUGGUGUUGGGUUUUUUAUUAGAUCGCAAUUUUUGCCAGUUCUGAUGUGUGUGUCCAGUUUGGUGAGUUUUGAAGCAUUGCGGAGGUCAAAUUAUAGCUCAAACAGGCAAAAGUGACUGUUUUUACAAAACUUUUGUUUUGAAGGGGGAAUUGCAAACUUCCUGUUUAUUUUUGCUGAAGGAUGUCAAUGUAUGAAAUCUAGGUCUAAGUGAGACCUACAUAGAGGUUUUUGUUUCAUGUCUCUCUGACAUUCCUAGUGGGAGUUACAGGCAGUUUUGUCUGUGUUUUCUUCCUAGGGGGCGCUAAAGCGCAAUUUUGAGUUUUGGGGCUAGGUUUUUUUGAUUAGAUCGCAAUUUUCGCCAGUCCUGAUGUGUCAAAUAUGGUGAGUUUUGAAGCAUGUUAAGGGGGUCAAAUUACAUCUCAAAGAGGCGGUGGAAUAAUAAUAAUAAAACGCUACAAUUACAAUAGGGUCCUCUGUCCCAAUGGGACAUUAGGUCCCUAAAAACCUUACAAUUACAAUAGGGUCCUCUGUCCCAUUAGGUCCCUAAUAAAACAAUUUAAAAUUUAAAAACAUAAUAAAAUGUUAAAAAAAAACAUAUUGCACAGUAGAUCUUUAUCAGAGGUAAGCAAGUAAUAAAGUGGUGAGUGUUCAGGUAAGUGCAGAGUUUAGGGCUAUAACAGCUCUACGAUAGAAACUGUUUUUCAGUCUAUUUGUCCUUGCUUUCAUGCGCUUAUAACGGGCAAGAGUUGAAGCCAGUGGUGACCUGGGUGGGAUGACUCCUUGAGGAUGCUGUUUGCUCUCCUGUUGCAGUGUCUCUUAUGCAGGUCCUCUAGAGAUGUAAGAGGACAUGCAGUGAUCUUCUGGGCCGCGUUUAUGACCCCCUGUAAUCUCUUUCUCUCUGCCACCGUGCAGCUAGAAAACCACACGUAGGUCAGUAUUAACAGCUUAUAACAGGAACUUAACAUCACAAAGAGGCAAGUCCAUAAAAAUAGGUUACAUAUGUAUAUACAAUUAAGUUACAGUAAGUGCCUUUAAUAAAACAUAUAUAUAUAUAUAUAUGACGUAAUGGGUGUCAGGGCGGCAUUCAUGGCAAUGACAGAAGAGGGACAAAGGGUUGAAAUUGUGGCGAUAAUACUCCCAGAUUUAUUUUUGUUUCGAAUACACCCAUUUUUCAUGUUCAUAAUCGUGUUCCCUUUACUCCAAGGUAAGCUAUUUAUUAUACAAAAUAUUAGUAAAACAUUCCAAUACAUCGCAGAACCUGCGUCGUAAAGAUAAUAAAAAAGCAAGUCCAGGAAGUGACGUUGUCUUCACGCAUGCGUGGACCGAUCCUGUCUUCCGGUACCCAUAGACAUGUUAUAAGUAGACGCAGCAUUGGCUGCUGUGACGCGAGAAAUUGGGCCGCCAUCUUGAAGUGGUGAUGAGGAGCCUAAACUGACAGUUGACAGGUUGAAAACAAAGAUGCUAAACUGACAGUUGACAGGUAGAAAACAAAGAUGCUAAACUGACAGUUGACAGGUAGAAAACAAAGAUGCUAAACUGACAGUUGACAGGUAGAAAACAAAGAUGCUAAACUGACAGUUGACAGGUA